AUGACGCAGGGUUCAAUAAAAUCCAAAUUCAAUCAUUUCAAGUUAAAUACCACAUUUGUUGUUUUGGAUAAAAUCACAGACAAUUUACCUAUCAAGAAAUUAAACAUUAAUGAACUGAAAAUUCCCGAUAAUUUAACAUUAGCUGACAAUUCAUUUAAUGUACCGGCUCCAAUACAAAUGCUACUUGGGGUAACUGUAUUUUAUGAUUUGUUGUGUGUGGGACAAAUACGCUUUCAAAGGGGUCAUCCUAUUAUGCAAAAAACUAAAUUGGGAUGGAUAAUUUCGGGAUCCUUAUUUUCAACGCCCAAGCCCAAUUAUGACGAGGUAUCGGUAUGUAAUUUAUCCACGGAUUCCAUUGGACAGCAAUUGGAAAAAUUUUGGGUUAUGGAGGAUUACGACAAUAGACCAAGGCUAAAUAAAGAAGAAAGGGAAUGCGAAAUAAAUUUUAUUCAAUCUACCAAACGGGAAGAGGAUGGACGAUUCUCGGUAACAUUACCCACAAGGGAGAAAAUAUCGGAACUUGGCAGUUCCUAUGAAACUGCAGUGCGGCGAUUUGACAUGUUAGAAGCGAUAUUCAGAAAAAACGAAAAUUUCAAAAAACAAUACACGGAAUUCAUGAACGAAUAUAUCGAGUUGGGACAUAUGAAAAAAUUAGCUCAAAACAAAGAAAAUCACAACGAAAGAAACGUAUUUUAUUUGCCACAUCAUGGAGUCUUCAAGGAUGGUAGCGAGACAACAAAAUUACAUAUUGUGUUUGACGGUUCUUGCAAAACAGAUACAGGAAUCAGUUUAAAUGAUUGUCUUCAUGUUGGACCAACAUUGCAGGAUGAUCUUUUCACAAUUUUAAUUAGAUUCCGGCAACAUAAUAUCGUGAUCUCAGCGGACAUUUGCAAAAUGUAUCGCCAGGUGUAUGUCCAAGAGGAGCAAAGAGAUCUGCAAAGAAUAUAA